AUGGAAUUGUACCCCAGAAUUGGUGAGAAUGCUGACAUAAAAGUCUUUACUAACUGCAAAUUCAGGAUGAUGUCCUUGGCAGUUCUUGCUUUGAUAUAUUACAUUAAACAGAAAUUUGGCAAAAGUUUAAAACCCAAAAGGAAAGACAAGGGUUUCAUGUUGAUGGGCUCAAAGCUUCAUGGUGUUCCUGUUUCUGCCACAGAGGCAGCUCCUCCAACAAGUCCGAAGGUCCUUUCUGUUUCUUCCACCUCAGCAACUCUUUCAGGUAUAAGAGCUCCUUUGACUAUUGAUGAUUCUGAUUUUGAAUAUGAUUCAUUUAGUAGCAAUGAGAGUGAUUCUGGGAUUGCGUCUGAUGGGUUCUUGAGUAGUGAAGAUGGGUCUGAAACUGCUGCACCUGAUGGUGAUAGUAAAAUUCUUUAA